CUCAAUCAAGAGUUUGAGCAUUGGACUAUUAAAGAAGAUUGAUCGAUCAUUGUUGUAUUUUACUGUCGCAUAGUUUACUUCAUAGCUUGCGAUAUGUCUAGUGAGCUUGAACCAGAAACCGUAUAUGACAUGGUGUUAGUAGACCGAGAAAAUGAUGUUCGUGUAGUAACAAAGCAGUUAUUUAGGCUAUACACUCUCCGUAAACUUGGUCCCCCUUUCAAACCAGUCAUACCCUUUGGUCCUCACCUCUUCGGAAGUGGGAAGACAAAAUUCGUACAAAGUUACUUGGAACUAGUGAAUAAUAUGGGUGAAAGUGCACUGAUAGGUCUCGAUCACGUUUGUGAGUCUGAGAAGGCCAACCGAAGAGGUUUCUUGGAGAAAUUAAAAAGGGCUUCAGUGUUGUACGUCGAUUUAAGGGAGUUGGAGCCCACAGACCCGAAAGAACGCAACCUGGAAUGGGCAGUCUACUAUUUGUUAAUCAAGGCCGCCCACUCUCAAGUUGGCGCUGAAAUAUUUUCAAAGAAAGAAGCCUUCGAAAAGGUGGAUAUGGAACCUUCCAACUUAGUUCCACUAUUACGAGAUAUACUAAGGAUUCCUUCUGAUCAAUAUCUUCUGAUAGCAUUUGAUGAAGUUGGUGUCCUAGACGAAAGUCUCGACGAAUUUCAUUUCAAGAGAACCCAUGACGAUAGAGUUCGACCUUACAACGACUUUAUCGGUAUCAUUAGUCAACUGUGUGAAGAACCCGACUUGUUUUUUAUAGUUGUUGGGAAAAGUGAAGGCUUAAAUAUAUACAAUUACGUAGCUUCAGUCUCAAGGGUUCAGUUAGUAUUUAUUCCUCUUUCGCCGCUUGAGAAACAUAGUAUCGUGGAACAUUUGGAGAAAAGUUCUUCCUUUUUAUUCCCUGGGAGCCCAAAGGUUUCAGAAAUUUUUUGUCACGAAGACUUCUCAACUAGUGAACUUGCAGAAUUGUUGUUGGAAUUGACUGGUGGUGUUCCUCGUUUACUUGUUCGAGCAAUCAGUUACCUUUUGCUGUAUAAAUCAUUCAUCAACAAUUUCUUAUUAUCUAAGGAAACCUUCUUGAUCAUAAUGAAUAGCUUUCUAGUAACAAAUUAUUGUGUUGCGCCAUUCUUACCUCGUCUGAUAAGUCUCAGUGAGCAGCGUAAGCGCUUGUUAAGAAUGCUUACGUUAUUAUCUUUGUAUCGUAUUCGAUUUGAUUUUGAUGAAACUGUGCAAAUAAGCUCAAAUUCUGAUGUGUUUUUGUUUGAUCUAGUUACAGAUAUGUGUCUCUAUCGUCGAUUGGUUAUGGAACCAGACCGCAACGAACGCUAUGAAGUGUUGAUUCCCAAGUUAUUGAUUGAAUAUGUUGACCAAGGCUUAAAGGAUGAUCGUUUAGAAUGGUUACUUUUACAAACUCUCAAGUCUCAAUCUGUUGAAUUCUUUUAUGAGUCGAAAUGUCGAAUUUUGGAAGGUCUUAUUGCUACACUGUUUUAUUUACAUUUUUCUCGGCAUCCUACAAACAGCUCAAUGUUUUCUACUCUUGGUCAAUUGUCUCGUUUUUGGAAUGAAAUGAAUUUACAAUUUUCUUCCGAAUCUGCUGCUUAUUAUAUGAAAUGUAUACAUUAUACCAGAGCUGUAUCAGGAGCAGAGAGAAUGACAUUUGGAAGCAAUGAUGAAUGGGAAAGGAUAGUGGAAGAAAUUUUAGAAUUUGAAAAGAUAUAUAUUCCAUUUCAUUCAACAUCCCAUAGUCCAGAUAUAUUAUUCAAGUUGCAUGGAAGAACGAAUGAGAAGAACUUGAUGAUUGUGGGUAUUGCUUGUAAAGGCCGAUGGAGUCGUAAUGGUAUUCGAUGGAAUGAAAUUUUGGAAGAAGCUCACAAGUUUUUAAAACCAGUUCAUGAUCAAGUAUUGACUAGUCAUCCUACAUGGCAUUGUAUGUUGAUUAUUAUGAGUACUCAGUUGGCUACCAAUGUAUCUGAGGACUUGAAUCAUUCUAGUCGUUGUUGUUCAUCUGGCGAUGGUGUUGAAGAUUUCGUGAUUCCUCACAACUGUGAAUUGGUUAUUCUUUCUGAAGCUGAUGUAGAAAACUUUAUUGGCAAAGACAUUUUAUCGAAUUUAAGGAACGCUUUCAGGUCUGUGGAUAAUCCACAUUCGAGAAAUAUUGGCAUUUCAACCGUACAAGAAAUAGUUUUAUCUCUUUCCAAAAAUAUUUAGGAAUAUCUUGUUUUAAUAUCUGAGAAAUUUUCCUAAAAUAGAAACUUUCAAAAGUUGUUAUAAAUCAGGUGCUGUUUUA